AUGUCACACUUUAUAAACGAAAAAAACAUAAAUACGGAUACUAAACUUUUUGAACUCUUACAAAAUGAUUUACGUAAAUUAUCGGUCGAAGCUAAAAAGAAAUAUCCCAUGAUUAAAGAGUCCUGCGAAGAAGGGAUUGUCAAACUUCGUAAUGCACAAACCAAUCCUCAGACUCCUCUUUACUAUGUAGUAAAUCAAAUUCUUUAUCCAUUCGUUCAAGGAUGUGAGACAAAAGAUCAAAAAAUUGUUAAGAUCUGUCUAAAUAUGAUUCAAAGGCUUAUCACAGAGCAAGCAGUGGAUCAAAAAGGAGCUCGAUACAUUACUGAAACUUUAUGGAUGCUUAUGGAAGCAGGAAGUGAAGAAGUAAAAGUUUUACAAAGUGUUACUCUUUUAUUGACAACAAACACCAUAGUUCAUGGUGAAACAUUAGCAAGGAAUCUUAUAUUAUGUUUUCGACUUUAUUUUUCUAAAGAUCCCACCACUGUAAAUACAGCUGGAGCUACUAUACGUCAAUUAGUUUCAUUGGUAUUUGAAAGAGUUGUCGCAGAAAAUGAAAAAUUUGGUCCUGAAGAAAAUUCUCCUUCUGAUAUCAAUUUUACUGAACUUCGUGCACCUAGAAAUAACCCCCCUAAAAGUUUAAGGCCUUGUGCUGGAGACGCCUUCUUAAUGUUUCAGGAUUUAGUAUUAUUAGUUAAUGGGGAUGAACCUGGUUGGAUGGUAGGGAUAUCAGGAGUGAGUAGAGGAUUUGGGCUUGAAUUAUUAGAACUCGUACUCACAAAGUUUCCCCAAAUUUUCCACCGACAUCCCGAAUUUAGUUUUUUACUAAAGGAACGAGUCUGCGCUCUUGUUAUAAAGCUUUUUUCGCCAAAUAUUAAGUACCGUUGCUCUGCAGCAGCCUCAACUUUUCAAAAUGCUCCAUUAGAUAAACCAAAUUUUCCAGUCAGUAUGAGAUUGUGUCGAGUGGUAGAAAUUUUAGUUCACCAUUAUCAAACUUUAUUGGUAACAGAAUGUGAAAUUUUUCUUUCUCUUAUUGUUAAAUUUCUUGAUCCAGACAAACCUGUUUGGCAGCGAUCUUUAGCAUUGGAAGUUCUUCAUCAUUUAACAGUUGAUUGGAAAAUAGUUAAAACAUUGUGCGAAUGUUACGAUUUGAAAGCACAUUCUACAAAUAUUUUUCAAGAUAUUAUAAAUUCUUUAGGAGCUUAUGUUCAGUCAUUGUUCGCUGACCCGAGCCAAAGUGGAUUACCUGCCAAUAAUGUUACUAGCAACUCCAGCCAGGGUCACGGAAACUUAAUGGCUCCUCCUUCGGGACCUGGAACACCUCAACCUGGCUUUUUUUUAAGAGGCAUUUGGUUGCCUUUGGUUGUAACUUUUACACCUGGGCAAGCAAAAUCUAUUUAUCUAGAAAUGUUAGAUAAAGUAGAAGCUCCCACAAUACCAGACGGAUAUGGAAUAUCAGUAGCGUAUGCUUGUCUGUUGGAUGUUGUGCACUCUAUUUCCGUUUAUAUGGACAAUUUAAAAAAGCAAAGUGAAAACGGAGAUGUAAAAUUAGAAGAUUUAAAUUUAAAUGAAAAAGAAACCACAACAAAUACAGAUCAAAGCCUUAAAACUCAGCUUGUUGUAUCAAGUUGGUGCGGGCUUCUUGCAGCAUUAGGUCCUUUAGUAGAAUUAAGUACUGACGAAACUACCACUGAAAACAUACUCAAAGCCAUGCAACGAUUUGCAGGUUUUUGUGGAAUAUUAGGUUUAGAAAAUUCAAGAGAUGCAUUUAUUAUAGCUAUUUGUAAAGCGUCGCUUCCUCCGCAAUACGCAUUAAACGUAUUAAACGUGCCAACCACUACAAACAAUUCAUCGCUUAAUUAUAAUUUUACAAACACUCAAGAUGGCAAUGUUCAGUAUGCCAUUCCUGGUUACGGAGUCGAUUCAGAUUACCGUCAGCAAGUUGUGGCAGUUGGUACUCCAUUACCUACAGCCUCACUGCCUUUUGGUGCUCAACAGGGACCGGUUAUGUUGACCAGUAAAAAUCUUCAAUGCAUGAAAGCUUUACUUACUUUAGCUCAAAAUCACGGUAGCGUUUUGGGAACUGCUUGGCAUCUAGUUCUUACAACUCUUCAGCACCUUGUGUGGAUUUUGAGAUUAAAGCCCUCAACCGGUGGAAGCUUAAAAGCUGCCAAAAUGUCUUCAGAUUCAAAUGCGGUCAUAACAACGGCAGUUAUGGCUGAUCUGCCAAUGCUUUCUUCAAUGCUCAGUAAUUUAUUCGAAUCGAGCCAACAUCUUGAUGAUGUUGCACUCCAUCACUUAAUAGACGCAUUGUGUAAACUUUCUCAGGAAGCAAUGGAGUUGGCGUAUUCAAAUCGAGAACCUUCCUUAUUCGCCGUUGCAAAACUGCUAGAAACAGGUUUGGUAAAUUUACAUAGAGUAGAAGUUUUUUGGAGGCCUCUUACUAGUCAUUUAUUGGAAGUUUGUCAACAUCCUCAUAUAAGAAUGAGAGAAUGGGGUGUAGAAGCCAUAACUUAUUUAUUGAAAAUUGCACUUCAGCAUAAAUACCAACCUUCCCUUCGGACAAAUCAGAACUUACAAGCUUUAGUGUUAGCUCCUCUUUCUGAACUUUCAUCUGUACCUCAUCCCGACGUUAGGCAAAGACAAUUGGAAUGCAUGCUUCACGUAUUACAUAGCUCUGGGGAUACUUUAUGCCACGGUUGGCCCCUGGUAUUAACAACGAUCGGCGCCGUUUCUGAUUACCACGGAGAAAAUUUGAUUCGAGUGGCCUUUCAGUGUUUGCAGCUUGUUGUGACUGAUUUUUUGCCCGUAAUGCCUUGCAAUUGUUUACCUCUCUGUGUAAAUACAACAGCAAAAUUUGGAUCUCAAACUCAGGAGCUUAAUAUUUCAUUAACAGCUGUUGGACUUAUGUGGAAUAUAUCUGAUUAUUUUUACCAAAAUCAAGAAAAAUUAUCUCAGUCGUUUUCUUCCGAUAGUACCGUUUUUCCAGAUUUCCCGGGCACCCCCGAUAUGCCACCAUUCGAUAAAUUAUGGAUGUGCCUUUAUACAAAAUUAGGGGAGCUUUGCGUCGAUAAAAGACCAGCCGUUCGAAAAUCUGCUGGACAAACUUUGUUCUCGACGAUUAGCGUUCACGGAAGUCUUUUCUGCGAAAGGACAUGGCAGCCAAUCAUUUGGCAAGUUUUAUUUCCCCUUUUAGACAAAGUUAGGUCUGCUUCAAGUUGUGCGAGUGCAGAAAAGGUUGAUACGGGUGGAAAUAUUUUAAUACAUCAUUCCAGAAAUACGGCACAGAAGCAAUGGGCCGAAACUCAGGUGCUAACAUUAUUGGGCGUUGCCAAAGUUUUCGAGUCAAAAAGAAAACUACUUCAAAAAAUUGGAGAUUUUUCACGAUUUUGGUCUCUUUUCCUGGAAUUUUUAGAAGUUGCAGCUCUUAGUAAAAGCAGCGAGGUUUCCAUAUCGGCUUUAAAAGCUUUUCAAGAGAUUUUAUACUGGCGUAGCAAGGGAGGAGUCGCAAUCGAAAACGAAGAAGAUUGUAACAUACUUUCGGAAGAAGAAGAACUUAGUAUACGAUUACGAGCUUGGAAUGUUUGGUUAAAUGUUGGAAUAGAAUCCACUACACCCGAGAGAGUAAAAGCGAGUCCUCCUACUCAGCAUUUUCUAACGGCUUUAAUGCAAAUUUUCCCGGAUGUUUUUCUACCAAUUAAAUCAAAUUUUGGAAAAGCGGAUUUAGAAAAACUUUGCAAACUCCUUGAAAGAGCCGUACUUGUACCACCUCACUGCGAGAACACAUUCAUGAUGCCUUCCGUGUCGGAAAUUCACGUGACUCAAUUGCAAGAUGGAGUUUUGGAUUCUCUCGAACUUCUCGCCAUGGUAAUUUCUACUCCUGCCGACGAAUCUUGGCCUUCGAAUGUAAAAAACAUGAUCGCUCUUAUUUUCGAGCAACUUUUCGAAUUUGUUAAAUUACCGAGUCGCGUCCUGUCGGAAAAUCAUAAAAAAGACGGAGAAUGGUCAAGCGUUAAUUACAUUCCAUUUGCCGAAAGAGCUAUGGAUUUAGUUGCUUGGCUUUACGAAAAAUCAGCUUCUUCACCGAUUCUAUUAGAAUCAUCAAUACUAGAAAAAAUAAUCAUAGCUUAUCACGAUCCCUUAUGCUCCAAACACAAAUUAUCAUCAUCAUCGCCUCAAACGUGGAGUCUAGCUGCUAGUUGCUUUAUUAGAAUUUUAAAAGUCGGAUUACCAUUAGCGAGAAAAUAUCCUAAUCAUUUUAAUUCCAUGUGGUCUCAUUUAGCGGACACGUUAGAUAAAUUUUUAUUUUCAAACAAUGAAAACGCGAUAGAGAAAACGCCGGAGGAAUCGAAAGCGGAUGAAGCCAUAGAUUGUCAAAUAAUUGAAUUAAUCCGUGAUCAAAUAUUGCAAUACUAUGCCGUAGUUCCUAAAGAAUUUCUAAUGCAAAUUGUCGUUUUGCUCAAUAUGGGUUCCAUUCAUUCCGCCACGAAUAAAGAUUGUCAAGUCAUCGAAACGAAACUUAGAGAAGAAUUUGCCAAAAUUUGUUUCGAAACUCUCUUGGAAUUUUCACUCAUGGACACGGAAGAAAAAAUUACAGAUGCGGCCAAAGGAGAUUCCGCCAUUGCCGGAAGAUUGGCUGUUACGUCACUCCUUCACAGAUUCGAAUUGGUUUUGAGGAAAUUUGCGGAAGAGGAAAAAAAUUCCGGAAAAUGUCCACCAUCGAGAUAUCAAGUUUCAGAAGUUUCGUUCGUAUUGAAAGCCAUAGCAACUCUCGUUCAAUCGUUGAGGAAAGCUCCUCCGGAAAAAGUCGGACAUUCCGCGUGGCAACAAUUAAUUUCGUUAUAUCCCUGUCUCUGCAAUUAUACAAUUUUAAAAGUCGUUAAACGACUCGUUUAA